AUGCAUUUGGGCGUCAUCGCCGUCGUCGUCGUCGUCGUCUCAUUCGUUCGUUUUCGACAAUCGCAAUUCAUUUCAAUAUUGAUUCAGACGAUUUGUUCCGGCGAGCCGAAUGCCAGAACGACAGCGGAGAUGAUGUUGGCGCGUUUCCACGGAUAUUUGAUGGCGAGCAUGAUUGCCGAAUUCCGUAGGCUGUUCGUGUGCAAUCCGCGAAACGCAUUCCCGCCGGACAGCUCGAUGAACGAGUUUUUGAUGCUCUUCUCGACAAGUGCCACAUUUCGCAAUCGAUUCUACCUCUCAUUGCUCACCAAUCCCCGAUUCAUCGGCAACGAUCGCAUCCAAUUCGACUACAAAAUGGACUAUUGCGAUAUUUUCAUGGAGAGGUGCAUUCCAAAAGAGUGCCGAUUUAGUGCCAUUCUUGUCAAGAUCCCUCGAAGCAUUGAUGGAUGGUCCUUCGAGAUAUUAAACGCGUUGGGGCGUGGAAAUCUUAAAACUGUCGAGCUCACCUGGUCUCAUGAAAGUAAGCCAUUCUCCAGAGCACAAGCUGAGCUAACAGGGCUUGAAGCUACAGCGGUUGAGCUCAAAGGCACAUCGCUGCGAGACCCUUGGCGAGAGCAGAGGUUGUAA